AAAUUGGUCGCAAGAACUACAUGCAAUGAAAUUGGGGUAACGCCACCCGUUUCUCGCCUGUCAAUCAAAAUAGCGUCACCGAAAAGUUUCACUUGAAGAUCGGGGUCCGCCUCAUCCCUCAUCCAUACACAAUCUCACUUGUAUCGUGUGGACUUGGUGGCAUGUAGCUUUCGUACCCGGCUAGGCUCGGCGCAAUUACAAGGCAAGAGAUGCGUGCGUGACUAAACUUUAUGUGAUGCGAGCAAGGACUGGGAAGGUGUUUUCUAAAUCAAAAUAUUUGAUAUUCCUACGUUUAUAAAAACAUAAAAACAACAAAUUUGGAACCUGCAUAAUGCGCAUAAUCGUGUGAUUCUAUUCUACUUCUUUGCUGGUUCCAAUAACCAGAUUUUUCGCUUUCGCAAAGUGUUAAAUAAAAUUGGAUUUGGAGAUUGAAGCCGAGUCUCGGCCCAGGUGAGGAGAGUGAAAUUCCACGAGAGAUCAAGAACACUUCAUCUGCAUCUCGGCCUAGCCUUUCUUUCCUGGAUCAGGCAACCAUGUUAUUCCCUGAAAUUCCGGUGAACUGUUGUGUACUGAUUUGUCUUCUUUUAUCAUCCUGCGUACAUCUAGAGUAUGCCAAUGCUACCCAAAGUCUAACGCAAGAGCCUGCAGAUACCGCCGUCAACUUCGGUGCUGGGGCUGUGACCCUCCAGUGCGUGGUAGCAGAGAAGUCUGGCCAGCUGUUCUGGAUAAAAGACGGCGAGCACAUCGGCUCUGACAAGGAUGUCACGAUUCCAGGCCUCUCGCGGUAUGCCAUCGAGGGAGACGCGUCUGCCGGGGAGUAUAACCUGAAGAUCACGGGUGUAGCGUUAGCAGACGACGGGCUCUACCAAUGUCAGGUGACUCCCAGCGCGAUGGAUGCGGGACUCAAUUCCCACACGGCGAAACUCACCGUCCAGAGACCACCAGGCUCAGUAUCCCUAGAUGGCAGUCCAACGAUGUCCGUCAAAGUCUCUGAGGCGGUCAACCUCACCUGCAACGCCAACGGUGCCAACCCUGCUGCCACCAUCGCAUGGUUCCGUGACAAUGCACCUCUAGAGGGCGCCAUAUACAGUUCGGGACGAGCCGCCAAUGAUGUCUCUGGAAAGCUGUGGGAUGCUGUGAGUGUCCUGGGGAUCACACCUGAACUGAAUGAUCACGGGCUGGUGUACGAGUGCCGGGCAUCCAAUGCUGCUGUUACAGAGCCUAUCGUAGCUGGCUUGACCUUUGAUGUGCAACAUGCGCCGGUCGUUGCCGUGGAGACGAUACCAGCUGAGAUCAGAGAAGAAACGACCACCAUCUGUCGCUGUGUGGUGGAUGCCAAUCCUAGGAGCGUGUCAUAUGUAUGGUCCAAGAAUGGUGACACGCUGACAGGUGUUGAAAGCAAUCAGAUGGAGCUCCUCGUCACCAAGGAAGAUCACAAAGCUACUAUUAAAUGUUCUGCAACAAACACGAUAGGUACUACAGAAGGAAGCAUGGAACUCAAUGUAUUAUAUGGUCCACGACUAGUUGAGGUACCAAUCAGUAUAUCAGUUGAUGAAGGUAGUCCUGCCCAGAUGGAGUGUAUUGGCGAUGGCAACCCCACCCCUACGACAAAAUGGACUCGCCUAGGGUCCCGAGCGACGCUUAGCACCAUGCAACGCCUGCAGUUUGAUACGGUUCGGGGGUCUGACGUAGGAGUAUACGUCUGCUCUGUAACCGUACCAGGCUUUGAGCCUAUCACGACCAUAGGCAGGCUGGAUAUAAACGCUAUACCUGUCAUCGAUAGUCCGUCUGUCCAGAGAGCUAAGGUUGGCAGCACAGCUAUCUUGGAAUGCCGUACAGAUACUAAACCCGACCCCUACCUCAUAAUGUGGAGCUGGAAAGAUAUCGAGUUGGAAACAGGUAGUGAAGGUCGGUUCGAAGCGGAGCAGGUAGAGACCGCGGCAGGAGGAAUCACAAGUCUGCUCCACAUCAAGAGAGUUCGGAAGGAAGACUAUGGUGAUUAUAACUGCACCGUUUGGAACGAUGUCGGUAUCCAGUCAAAGAUUAUCAUGUUGGAACAACAAGGUAUGGAUCGGAUCAUCUACAUCAUCAUAGGAGUAGUAGCAGCGUCUGGAUUUAUCUUCGUCAUGACCAUCAUCUUCAUGGCAUACUGCAGGAGGAGGCUUAGGAAGAAUAAAGCUCAAGUGGAUCACGCAAGUAAAGAAGCCAUCCCUGUUGAGAUCAUCCCCCAAGUUAUGUCUCUAAAGGACGCCCUCAACAAGGGAAAGAAGACAGGUGACGAACCCGACGGCUCCCCUCAUAGCUCGGGGUCACGACCUCGCUACGCCAUGCCGCAUGAGUUCGUCAAUCGGAAGCGUGAUUCGUGGGAGGAUCCGCAGUACAGACGCAGGCAGUCUAACGAAUACAUGGAACCUCAUCAGUUUGAUCGGCGUCCUCCUCCUCCUUGGGAAGACGACUACGACAACCGUCGCGAACCUUACAAUGACGACGACCCGUACGCUAGGCACGACAAUCAGUACUCCAAAUUUGAAGACGCUAAACCUGAACCCAUCUACCACGAUCGCAGUAUCCGCAGCCAGCGUAGUCGUCAUAGCGAUCACGAGGAUUACGUGGAUCCGCGGGACUUCUGCGACCCGCCUUACACGCGCUAUAAACCGGAGGGAAACGGAGAGUACCGCGACCGUGAUGAUCCGUACGGUUACGAGCAUGAUUCCGAUAAGGAUUCAGAAGUUUCGUACGAUUCUAAAGAUAGACUGGCUACCAAUGUAUGAAAUAUCACCCUUUCUCUGUCACAUCUAAGAUUUGUUUGAAAAUCGAACUGGAAACAAGUUGGUUUUAUUAAAGGUAAAGACCAGUUAUGGUCAUGCGAUUGCAUUGUGAAAGAAACGUUGUGGAAUCGAUCAGAAAAGGUUGAUCAUCUAGCAUAUAAGU